ACCUAUCUCAAUUUGAAAAAGUGCUGAUCACUCAUUUUCAUAAAUAGUUUUGUCUUAAUUCAAUUGCAACCGCACAUUUCACUCACGUAAGCUGAAUGUGCAGUGUGAGUGAAAUUAAUCUUCUUAUGGAUAACUAUAUAUAGAAUGUGGCUACCGGUAUUGACCAGUAUUAAUACGCUUUGCCCUUUUCUCGUUGUGGGGCAAAGAGUCCAAAAGCUACAAAUUUGCACAACCAAAAAAGCUUGCGUUGCAAUGACGCCGAUUAGUCGCAUACAAGCAUUCGAUCAGUACAAGUGCAAGCGGCGCAGCUGCAAUAAUGUCAGUGGGCAGCUUAAUUGAUAGUCUGGAUACGGAUGCAGAUGUGGAUAAUGUGACUAAGGCACAGGAAGAGGGAGUGCAGGAAUUGCGCAAUUGGUUGGAUGCUAACCCCGAAAUAAAUGGAUGCAAAACCUAUGAAAGCUUGUCUUUCUUUCUGCGCACAUGCAAAUUCGACUUGGAGCGCACCAAGAAGAAACUGCAAGUGUUCUAUCGAAUGCGUGCGGAGAGAAGCGAGUGGUUUGACAACUGCGAUCCCAUGCUGCCCGAAAUACAGGAGCUGCUGAAGCUAGGGGUGUUUCUGCCUGUCGAUGGUGUCGAUGAACACAAACGAAAGGUGGUCAUCAUCCGCACUGCGGUCCACGAUCCCAAGCGUCACACACAGAACAACGUAUUUAAGACUAGCAAAAUGAUAUUGGAUUUAUUGCUAAAACUGGAGCCAGACAAUUGUGCACGCGGCAUUGUGGCCAUCAUGGAUAUGGAAGGCGUGCAAUUGGGUCAUGCACUCCAGUUAAAUCCCAAGCUGAUCAAACGAUCCGUGGAGAGCUGGUCAGCUUAUCCAUGCCAGCCCAAGCUACUGGAAUUCACCAAUGCGCCGCGUCACGUCAACAUAUUUCUUAACACCUUUCGCGUCUUUAUGACAGCAAAGAUACGAUCCCGUGUCGUUGUUCGACGUGCUGGCACAACGGUCGUGUGUAAACAGCUGCCAAGGGAUUUGGAUGGACAAGGUGCCAGCUACAAAGAAUUGGCUAUGAAGUGGAAAAAGUUGCUCGAGACUCAUGCUGAAUUCUAUGUGGAGCAAGGCAAAUACAAAAGCAUACUCAAGUAAAUUGGAGCGUUCAAUUGGCGUACGCGAUUAGCGUGUGAUUAACCGAAUGUGAUUAGAAAUAGUACAUAUAAUAAACCUAUAUAUGCAUAUAGUAUAUGUUGAAUGCGUAGAUAAUAGUAGACCGGACACACAUAUGUACAAAUGCCUUUGUGUUGUAAUUAAGGUUUCGGUUAGACAUACAUAUAUUUAAAUAGCCGAUCUAAAAUAUUUGUGUAAUGUAUUUUUUGUUUUUUUUUUUUGAAUUUCCAAGUCCUUGUGUCCUUAUUAAAAUAAAGAUUGCAAUGCAUUAUAUUCUCAGUUUAUUUAUUAGUACAAAAUAGUAUAUCAAAAAUGUUGCAUCAAGUCUAUAAUUAUUAUCAUUCAUUGGGGCUAUCGGGUGCGGUCGUCUCCAAUCUCAAAUUUCCACCAUCCGCUGAUUGAAAUUAAUAAUAAUACGUACGCAUGCCAAAGAACAUAAACAAAUCAACUCACAUAGUUUGUUUUCAAACGGAUUUCAGCGGUUGUUUUUCUUGUUAAUACAUUAAUGCGUAUUGUCGAUUCUGUAUGUGUGUGUUUCAUUUUCUUUACAUAUAGUACAUACAUAUAUAAAUAUAAAUAUGUUUUAUAUCUCUUAAAAGUACGUGUCACAUAUAAAAAUAUAUAGUAGAUGCUAUUGCUGCUGCUAGU